GGCUCCCUCAGAGCGCUGAGGUCCCGGGGCAAGGAGCUCCUGUGGGAACUUCGCAGCGUCUCUCUCAACAAAGCCUUCGCUCCCUUUUUCCUUUUCCUUUUUUUUUUUUUUUUUUUUAAACCUCGGGCGGAUUUUGUUGCCCUACAGGGAUAAAACCCUGCAGCCUUUACUUGACCAAACCGUUCCUCCUCGUCCUACCCCAGCCAUGGUGAUGUUCAAGAAGGUGAAGAACUUCGCUGUGGCCUUCAGCGAGCCCGACAAGGUUUACUUCAGCGGGGACAAGGUGGCCGGGCGAGUGCUGGUGGAGGUGGCCGAGGUGACCCGUGUCACCGCCGUCAAGGUGCUGGCGUGUGGCGUGGCCAGGGUGACCUGGGCCAAGGGCCCGGCCCAGUGCCGGCAGGAGAUGGAGUACCUGCGCUUCGAGGACGUGCUGGCCCUUGAGGAGCAGCCCACAGAUGACGACGGCUCAGUCAUCCUGAGACCUGGCAACAAGUACGAGUACAAAUUCGGCUUCGAGCUGCCCCAGGGGCCGCUGGGCACCACGUUCAAGGGCAAGUACGGCUCUGUGGAUUACUGGGUGCAGGCGUCUCUGGAGCGCCCGUCCUGCCCCGCUCAGCUGAUCAAGAAACGCUUCGAGGUGAUGGAUCCUGUGGACGUGAACACCCCAGAACUGCUGUCUCCAGUUGCAGCCAAAAAGGAGAAGAAAGUGUCGUGCAUGUUCAUCCCCGAUGGCCGCGUGUCUGUCAGCGCCCAGAUCGACAGGAAGGGCUUCUGUGAAGGCGACGAGAUCUGCAUCAACGCCGACUUUGAGAACACCUGCUCGCGCAUCGUGGUGCCCAAGGCCGCCAUCGUGGCCAAGCACACCUACCUGGCCAACGGGCAGACCAAGGUGUUCUCCCAGAAGCUCUCCUGCGUCCGUGGCAACCACAUCAUCUCGGGCACCUCCGAGUCGUGGCGGGGCAAAACCAUCCGCGUGAGGAAGCUGAAGCCUUCCAUCCUGGGCUGCAACAUCCUCAGGGUGGAAUACUUCCUGCAGAUUUACGUCAGCGUCCCGGGCUCCAAGAAGAUCAUCCUGGAGCUGCCCCUGGUGAUCGGGAGCCGCUCCGGCAUCGGCAGCCGCAGCUCCAGCAUGGCCAGUCAGACCAGUUCCGAGAUGAGCUGGGUGGACCUGAACCUGCCCGACGCUCCCGAGGCUCCCCCGUGCUACCUGGACAUCGUGCCCGAGGAUCACCGCCUGGAGAGCCCCACCACGCCCCUGCUGGACGAUCCCGACGGCUUCGACAGCCCCAUCUUCAUGUACGCGCCCGAGUUCAAGUUCAUGCCGCCCCCCACCUACACGGAGGUGAGCGCGGCAGCGGCGCCGGGGCAGCCGGGGCCGGGUGGGGCCGAUGGGCUCCUCACCUGUGCAGGCUCCUCACCCUCCCGCUGCUCGCAGGUGGAUCCCUGCGUGUCCAACAACAACAACAACACCAACAACAACAUCGUCCAGUGAGCUCCGCACCCACACCCGGGCUCUGACUGCACAGCACGUCUGGAAAAGGGAAAAAAUGUCACAUUCCUGAGGAGCUGCUGCAAAUUCCUGCAGUUCCCGAGGAGUUCCUGCAGCCCCGGGAGUUGCUGCGCUCCCAGGAAUCGUUCCCGAGGAAUUCCUGCGUUCCCCACCUCAAAUCUGGAGGGACAGAAAACCCCUCAAGGAACUGUGGGGAGACAAAGCAGAUCCAGCUGGGAGAUCUCGGCUGGCGCGGUGCUGGUCCUGUCGUGAUGGGGACAGGCAGGGAGUUGUGGUUUUUAAUUAAUUCCAGCCUCAUUUCGUGACUCUGGGCGCUCCCGCCGAGGGGAGGAGGGGGCGCUGUGACAUCGUGCAUCCGUCCUGUCGCGACACAGAGUCGGUGUCACGACCUUUUGUACUCUGGUUUUUGUACAUAGUGUAUCGGGGAGGGGUGGGAAGCACAAAAAUGCAAAUUUUGUACUUUUUUUUUCGCAGCCCCUGGGGGGCAAAGUUUGUAAUAAAGUUGUAAUAAAUAAAUGAAGUUA